AUGCUCAACACCAUCGGAGAAGAAGCUUCCACCCCAGUAAUGGAGGACCUUACGGAGAUAUGCGAACACAGUAGUAACGAAGAAGCAAACGUAGUUUACAUAAAGGGUUCAAAUAAUUUUGUAAAAAAAGUGGAGUAUGAAGAAGAUGAGACAAUUCGGGAUGUCCUUACACGGAAUGGGAUCCUUAAUGAACAGGAUGGUUUUCUAUACCAAAUUAGAAACCAACUAAUGGAUCUUGAUAAAACCUUUGCACACUAUAAAAUUUGUUCAGGUGAAAUUAUCUACAUUUUGCCUGAACCUGCACCGCUGCCUUAUUUGAUUUAUUUAUUCCAUCAGAAGUCCGGGAAGGUGCAUUGCAUCGAACUCAGCCACAUGGAUUCAGUCGACCUGCUGCACAAACAAGUAGAGAAAUUUUUGCAAAUAAAAGAAGAGAAUCAGAUACUGAUAUAUGGUGGCAAGUGCUUGAAUAACACGAAGACGUUAAAGGAGGAGCAAAUGUGCAGGGAGAGCCUAGUCACCAUACUGGACAAAAGGGACAUACCCGAGAUAGAAACUGGGGCCGAUGGGGUGUGA